UAUUUAAAAAUGGAGUCUAAUAGUACACAAAUCUCUGCAGAUAUCAUGAAGCUUAUUGAUCUUUCUAUGCCGUCCAGUACAACGAAGAAGGCUAAGAAUUAAAUACUUGUCAUAUUUCAAGAGAAUUUUAGGGUCUAGAUUGCAAUCUACUAAUUUUGAAGACACAGAACAUGUCAAGAAUUUAAUAACGCGGAAAUUGGGUGCUUCCAAAUCUCCAAAAUACGGUUCAAAGAACUCAGAUAUUCUAAAAUUCGAGCAGUUGUACAAUAAGCUGACGCAGAAAUAGAAGGAAUAGGGCAACUUCCAAGAGCGAUCUGACCUCUGCUCUCUAUGUGUUGUACAAAAUCAGCAAUGUAGAAGCUGAAAAGAAUGAUUCUUCUGAACUAUUACAAACUCUGCUGAAAAGUAGUGAUGUUAAGGAAGAAAAUAAGGAGCAAGAUAUGGAGAUUGAUGGGCCUCACUAUAAGAAUCAAAAUGAUAACAAAUCAGGCCAGUUCCAAUUUUUGAAAAGUUUUAGAUACCGCAGCCAAGAUAUCUCAGAAGAAGCCCUGUGUAAAGAUCUCCUAUAUGUGUUUCAAGGAAUCGAUGGUCAAAAUAUUAGCUUCUCUAUCCUGGAAGAUUCCUUUGUUCUUGCUCCAAAUGUAAAUGUAUCUGAGUCCACAAGGAAGUUAGUCACAGAAAUGUGAGAGCUUGGAUGGCUAUUCAAGAAGGUUAAUGACUUCAUGAGCAGAAAUAUCGAUUCUACUUAUUGCGACCAAGUUACACAGAGUUUAUGAUUUGCCUUCCAAACAGAGCUUACUGAAUUUUAUCGAUUAAUUGCAAUUUUGGAAAACCAACAUCAGAAUUAUGAUGAGACAGACGCUUUGAAUUGACUAAAUUUAAGAAAAUUAUACCUCUAUAUUCAAGAACCGAUGGAAAGGAUGAAAUGGUUAGCAAUUAUAGUGGAUUCUAUUGAGGGUUUGAAGGGAGGAACAAUAAUAAGUUCUAUUAAUAGCUAUGUUCUUCAUGGCUCUCCUAGCACAAAAUUCCUCCUUUCAAAGCUACUAAAAGAAGUAUCAGCUCCAAUAAUGACAAUGAUCAAGACAUGGAUGAUCGAAGGUGAGCUUAAUGAUCCAUUCCAAGAAUUCUUCGUAAGUAUGGACCCAAAUGUGCCUAAUGAUCUCAUCUGGACCCAAAAAUAUGAUCUGAAGCCUUCAAUGAUUCCCUCAUUCCUUACUAAUGAUUUUGCCAGAAAAAUCUUAUUGACAGGAAAAGCUGUAAACUUUAUAAAGAAGUGCUGCCAUGAAGAAGACUGGGUGCUAGAUGCUAAUGAACAAAUUCCAUUCAACGCAGAUACAUUCUCAAGUGAUGAGAAUAGUUACUCAACCCUACAAAACUGGGUUGAUCAUGCUUAUAAAGUUACUAAUAAAGAGCUUAUUGGUCUAAUGUUUAAUAAAUAUCAGUUCUUACAACACUGAAGAGCUCUAAGAAAGUACUUGCUUCUUGGACAAGGAGAUUUCAUCCAAAAUCUGAUGGACUCAAUGGUAAAUGAAUUGUCAAAACCAGCUGGACAGCUCUACAAAUAUAACCUUCUUGGAAUCUUAGAAUCAGCAGUUCGAUCCUCAAAUGCUAACAUGACCGAUUCAGAAUUUUUGAAAAGACUUGACGUGAAACUCCUUGAGGCCAGUCCAGGAGACAACGGAUGGGAUAUUUUCUCACUUGAUUACAAACUAGAUGCACCCAUAAAUACUAUUCUGACUCCAGAAUUAAUUAUAGGGUAUCUCAAAAUCUUCAAUCUUCUCUGGAAGCUAAAAAGAGUGGAACAUUCUCUGAACAAAACUUGGGUGCAGCAGAUCAGCUACAAAAAUGAACUGUAUUCUUUAAAGGAGAUCAGGUCGGAUCUGCAUAGAUGUAACUUGUUAAGAAAUGAGAUGCUUCAUUACAUCAACAAUCUACAUUCAUAUCUCCAAGUAGAGGUAAUUGAAAGUGAAUGGAAAUAAAUUCCAAGAAGAUCUUGACCAUGCUGAAGAUCUCUAUGAUAUUAUGAGAAUUCAGAGAAAGUUCGUCGAAGUUAUCCACAAAAGAGCGAUGCUGACUCAUGAACAUAUUGAAUUAUACCAACUCAUGGUCAAAAUAUUUGAGCAAAUUCAUCAAUUUAGCAGGACACAAGACAUCCUAUACUCUUCUGCAUUAGAAGAGUAUCAUAAAAGACAAUCAGUGAUGGAUGAUGGAGAGGAAUAUUCUCAGGUUAUCUCUCCUGAAGCCAGCAAUACACUCAAGCAACUUGGCAAAAUUUACAGAGUUAAUUUUGAUAAGUUCAAUGAAGCCUUAAGUACUCUCGAAAUUGAUGAUAAAUCAUUAAGUUUCAGAUUGGAUUUCAAUGAGUACUAUAAAGACUCUAGAGAAAGAGAAAACGUUGACCAUAUUGAAGAUGACGAUGAUGAAGAAGAGGAAGAGGAGGAUGAAGACGAAGAAGAGAAUAUCAACACUGAUACCUUCAAAGGUCCCCAUGGAAAAGGUGGCUUCCAAGGUUUUGGAUCCCACUAAUCUAUUUGGUUUUACUCAAUUUAAUUUUAUAAAAG